AUGCCACACAGUCAUCACUCUCACUCCGGACAGUUCUGUAGGCAUGCCCUCGGAUCCUUAGAAGAAGUUGUAUUGGAAGCCAUCAAACAACGUUUCGAGGUGUAUGGUUUGACGGAACAUGUACCCCGCUACAGGCUAGAAGAUCUGUAUCCAGAGGAGAGGGGAUUAUCCCUUGAUGACCUGUCAAAGCAGUUCCUGAGUUUUCUUAACGAAGCUCAUCGACUGAAGGAGGUUUACGCCCCUCAGAUCACCUUAUUGGUUGGACUCGAGACAGAGUACAUUACCGAUGAUGACCUCAAUCAUCUCCAAAAGCUCAUAAAGGAUUACCAGAGGCGCAUCGAUUAUAUCGUUGGAUCCGUCCAUCAUGUCAGCACUAUCCCCAUCGACUUUGAUCGUGUCACAUACGAAAAGGCUUUGGCAAAAAUUUCGAGUGAAGAGGGCGUGUGUAUUCUCGGAAACGAUCGAAUGGAACGCUUUCUGUCUACAUAUUUCGAUGCACAGCAUCGAUUGAUACGGCAGUUUCGGCCAGAGAUCAUUGGCCAUCUCGAUUUGUGCAGACUCUACACCCCUUCCCUCGAUCUUAAGCAGUACCCCAUCGCCUGGGGCAAGCUAAUCAGGAACAUCGAGGAAGCUACGCGGUACGGUGCACUGUUUGAAAUUAAUGCUGCCGCGUUCAAGAAGGAGGGGUGGAAUUCGCCGUACCCUGGGAAAGAUGUGCUUAUUCAGGAGAAAAAUGGUCGAUUCGCUUUGUCUGAUGACAGUCACGGACCACAAACUGUCGGGCAGUAUUAUCUGGAUGUGGCGGACUAUCUGGUUCAUGUAGGAAUCACUGAACUUUGGUGUUUGGACCGUUCGUUAGAGCCAAACCACAAUGGGAGGUACAUAUCUCCCAGGAGAAUUGAAGGUGAUUGGCGACACCAUGCCUUCUGGAAACAUAGGGAAGGUGAAAGGCGCAGAAUCACUUUUCAAUAA